CGCUUCGUGCUUUCAGUCUUCGACUAGCCACCAAAGCGACCAGACCUGAAAACAGUUUUCUCCGUAAGUGAAUGUUGUGAUUGCACAGAAUCAAAAUAGAAGAGAAAAUUCUAUCGUUGUGUUAGUGACAGUGUACUUACUUUUGUCUAGUGGUGCAAGAUUCUCCCAAUAUUGAAAGUGAUUGAAAAAUUAUUAUUGCUGCACGAAUUAGAACUAACUUGUGGUAAACUUCCCGUUAUUGUGACGUCAUUGCGUCAUCGAAGAAGCUCGUGAUUAUAAAUUCUAGUGUCCAGCUAGCGGACAAUUUUCCAGUUCGCACUCCCAAGAAGCUAGUGGAAACCUAACCUCAACUUUGCACUUCUGGUUCCCCGACGAAGUCAGUCAACACACAUCGGAAGAGAGCGAAAAGGAUUCCGGUUUUCUCGGAUUUGUCCUCGUUUCGGGUGCGUUUUUUAUUUGCGUUCGACUUGCAUCGUAGAACCUGGUAGAAUUCGGCAAAACCGGUUCAAUCGACAACAGCAUCCCGGAGUGAACGGGGGAGGGAACGACUCGUGUAGAAGUGCUUGUGAUUACAUCACACCCCGAUCCGGACUGAAGUGGCAAGUAAAGAGUUCAGAGCUCGCUCCGCCGGAGCCUAGUGGGGAGCGCUAGGGCUUGGCCCCUUUCUCGGGCUGUGCCGUCGAAGAGGCGUGAAAGUUGCUCUUUCCGCGUUUGAAAAGUGGUCAGGUGUAGAAUGUGACUGUUACGCGGAUUUCUUAGAAAGUCCUGUGUCCAAAGAAAGCUUUGAGGGUAGAUAUAAACAUUCAGUCCUGUUAGGGGAAGGAUCUAGCUACGUUGUGCUAUACAUCGAGAAGGAUAUUUUGCAUUCCGAACGGAACAGACCUUAAGAGAGAUAAGUGCGGAAUCGUUUGUGGUAGUAACGGGAAUUUGCGUGUGUGGGACAUUUACCACUACAGUGCGGCUGAUAACGAAAUAAAACCAGAAACUCCGUGCGGGUUACCAGCGUGUUAGCACCACUCUGUGCGAGAGUUUAUUUUUCCCCCUGGUGACGAUACACUGUGAAGACAAACUGCCCAGAAAGACACGGCCGGAAAAAGUAUGUCCCAACGUGAUCGAGACACAUUCAUACAUCUAUUCGCUGGAGGUAUCGCAGGUACUGCUGGCGCCGUAGUAACAUGCCCGCUGGAAGUGGUCAAAACUCGUCUGCAAAGUUCGUCCGCGUCGUUUAUACAUAGUAUACCGCCCCGUAUUGCUGCUGCUGCUGCUUCGUCAACGCCUACCGGAGGGUCGGAAGAAGCCCGUGGGAAACUGUUCGCCAACGAGCACCACCAUCAGUUGCGAACUUCGACCAACGCGGACCACCACCACAACCAUUCCAACAGACAGCGAGUAUGUCCCAGUUCCAUUCUCAGUCGACGGCGCCCAUCGAUUCUUGCGAUCCCCCAGUGUGGUCUCUCGACAUCGGUCCAAUCGAUCUCGAUCUGGCAAUGCUUGAAGCACAUUGUCCAAACCGAAGGCUCCCGCGCCCUGUUCAAAGGCCUCGGCCCGAACAUCGUUGGUGUGGCGCCUUCCCGGGCGUUCUACUUCUGUGCUUACUCUAAGACCAAGAAUACACUGAACGCGGUUGGUAUCAUUCCAGCCAACUCACCGCUGGUGCACAUUAUGAGUGCAUCCUGUGCCGGAUUCGUGUCCGCCACCCUAACCAAUCCGAUCUGGUUCGUCAAGACGCGGCUCCAGCUGGAUUACAACUCCAAAGCCAAAAUGACCGUGACGGAGUGUGUGAAGCGAAUUUACGCCACCCAGGGCAUCCGAGGCUUCUACAAGGGCAUCACCGCCAGCUACUUCGGCAUCUCGGAAACGGUGAUCCACUUCGUGAUCUACGAGGCGCUCAAAAAGAAACUGAAUGAGCUACGCGAAGCGCACCCCACGGACAAUAAGACGUCCCGAGACUUCCUCGAGUUUAUGGCGGCCGGAGCUACGUCCAAGACGAUUGCCUCCGUUGUGGCCUACCCGCACGAAGUCGCCCGCACCAGGUUGCGCGAGGAGGGUAACAAGUAUCGCAGCUUUUGGCAAACUAUCCACACCGUCUGGAAGGAGGAAGGCAAGGCCGGAUUGUACCGUGGUCUUGGCACACAACUGGUCCGUCAGAUCCCGAAUACGGCCAUCAUGAUGGCCACCUACGAGGCCGUCGUGUACGUACUGACCAACGAAAUCAACCCGACCGACCUGAUUGUCGGCAACUGAGAGCGGGAGUACUGCCAGGUAGCAACGGCAACGGAAACCAACUGCGAUCACUGUUUUCCGGCCCUGGCAGCGUUACUAUUCCCGGAGAGAAGCAACAGCAGCAGCGGCAGCAGUAGUGACGGAGCCACCGGAGAACGGAUGGAAGCGGGGGCAGCGUUUGGCUUGCUCGAGCUGGACAACCCUGCCUUCAUCGUGCAUUGUAUUUGCGAUUUUUACGUAGAUCUCUAAGAAUGAGAUCUACACGUGUACAGAAAUAUGGAACCGAGCGCAGAUGAGUCGCAGGAGAAAGAGAGUCAGGUGUAAUUGUUCUUUUUUAUUGCACACCGUUGUUUAUAUACACCACGUUAUUAAGGGAUAUUUAUAUAGAGAAGACAUUGAUUAUAUUUUUCAAGGCAAACAAAUUUAGACUUUAAGACCGUGUUUGGAAGCACAGAGCUACACACAGUUGCUUCGUGAGCGAAAGAACGAUUCGAUGCGCGGGUAACUAGCGCGAGCUUCAACCGUACAAGUGUAAAAAAAGAAGAUUACAAAUCUUGAAUGACCGAGAGACUGAUCGUUUGUUUCGGAGGUAAUCGUUUUUUCGUUAUUAUUUUUCGGUUCUACGGAAGAAUGCUUUCCUGGUUUUGUUUUUUUCUAUUCAUUGAAUUACCAAUUUGUUUUUUAUUAGUUUGAAAUUGGUUGAACCCAAAAGAGGAGAACAAAACUUCAAUUCUGCUAACCUUGUUUGGCAAUAUAAUUGUUUUAGUUGUAAGGCAAUAGACUUAGUAAAAAAACAGAUGAAGUCGAUAAGAAAUUAUAUUAAUUUUUUAUUUGAUCUUCUCUUCGCAUCCUGUUUUGCCAUGCUUUAAAUAGCUUCUAGUACAAAUAUAGGUGUUAAUUCCGAUGUGGAUCAAGCCAAACUCAACCAAAUCUAGAAUCUAGAGAAUAAAUGUUGCAUAGGAAGCAUCCUUGGCAUUGGGAACAAAAACAAAAAUGGCAAUGUGCUAGCGUUUUUAAUUUGGACGACGUUAAAGAAGUUUCUAUGGUUUCCGAUUUGAUUGAGAGCUCCGCGCACAAUAUUUGGACUGGAUGCCAUAUAAACGGGAAUUGCGAAAGUAAUUACACCAAUAUUAUAAUUGUACAGCUUUUCCGCUAGCCCUUGAUUGAGGCAUUUGUUUGGUUUCUCAUCAUUUGUAGUUUCGUCUAAGUGAAAGGCUCACUUAUAGGUAUUCGAUAGACAAUAUGGUAAAAGGAGUCUGUGGGCUGAAUGCACUUAUUAGGAACGAUAUAUUUAGUUAAAGUGACCUAACCGAGUAGAAGUUGGCUGUUUAAUUUGGAUCAGUGUUUCAAAAUAGCUAAUAACUUCUUCAUCAAUCUGAAUUCAUAUCGAAAUUAAACAUAAUUUACCGAUCAAAUCAAAACACAUAAAACAACUUACUUCUACCGGUUAGGUAACUUUUAGAUGCUGUGAUUUACAUUACUAUUGACUUUUAGCGUAAUAUUCGUGGGUUCUGCUAAGUGAGCAUAAAACAAGAUAUAAAUACCUACCCAGCACUAAAGCAGCAUUAGGUGACUAGUUGUCGAGAAGCACAUAUUCUACGGAGAAAGCCUAGUUUGCCCCUGGAAAAAAUCGCUUUAAAAUACGUUCCAAACCAAAAAGCGGGUCUUUGACUAAAUUCAGCGAAAAAGCAGGUCGAAAAAUUUCCUUCCAGGCGUGUACUUAGCUGAACCAGGCGUAUUUGAUAGUGUGUACCAACUCCUAUUUGCUAUGUCAAGCGCUCAAAUCUAUAUUGUUCCAUUUUAGCAUGCAGAACUGAUAGUUGUACAGUACAGAAAACUGUAAAUUAGAGAGGACACUGAACUAAAGUAUGAAAGUACAACGACACAAAAAUAACCAAUUAUCAUUAGAUCGAAAUAACGAACAAACUGUGCCAAGGAACAUUUUAGACCUUUUGAAAAGGGAAAAACACUUAUUACACCAUCCAGUUAGCGACAGGGAAAACAAAUAAACACACUGACCUAUCCAACCGUUUGCGGAUUGUUGCGCGUCGGUGUUUUUGUGUGGCAGCCAAAAAAGAUGAGGUGUCGGUCGACGGCCUCGAAUUUUGUUUUUCUUUCUAAUACGCGGAUGCGCCAUAACCGACGGGAAAUAGUGCAUUUGACGACUUGGCACCGUAAUACGUACUGAAUGCUAAACAAAAUAGUCGGUUGUAAAUGUAACAUUGGACACUACUGAUAGGGUGUAGCAGAUGAGGAGUUGCUCGAGGCAAGGUAUGAUGUAGAACAUUGAGUCAGCAGAUGAAACAUAGGGAAUAACAUUGAACUAAAUAUU